GCAUAUGGAUCAUUUGUUUUCUAGGAUAGGUGAAAUGUCAACAGAAGUGCCGAACAUUAAACUGAAAAUUGAUCCUCAAGAUCUGCAGAUCCAAACAUUUACUGUGGAGAAGCUAUUGGAACCAUUGAUAAUUCAGGUUACAACACUAGUGAACUGUCCACAGAAUCCUUCUAGAAAGAAAAAGGGACGGUCCAAAAGAGCUCGUGUCUUGCUAGCUUCUGUGGAAGAAGCCACUUGGAAUCUAUUGGACAAGGGAGCAAAAAUUGCCAAGGAGGCAAUUGUAUUUAAAGAAGAACUUCACUCAUCGCUCCAGGAUGUCCGAAAAGAGAGUCAAGCCUUAAGGGUAUCAGCAGAGGAUUUUACCAGUGAUCCCUGCUACCUACCCAAGAGGCAAGCUGUUGUCCAGGCAGCCCGGGCGCUGCUUGCAGCUGUAACAAGGCUUCUUAUUCUGGCAGACAUGGUUGAUGUGGCAUACCUGCUGGAACACUUAACUGUGUUUCAAAGAACAUUUGAAUCACUAAGAAAUGUGUCCAGUAAAGCUGAUCUACAGAAAACUUAUCAGAAGUUUCAAAAAGAUCUGGAAAAUCUUGAUUAUUUGGCAUACAAACGUCAACAGGGAAAAGCAAGGACCAGCCAUGCUGUCAGCUGCUGCGAGCCUGGGAACUCGGGAGCGGUGGAAGUGCCCUUGCCCGACACGCAGCGCCGAGGGCCGUGUGGCAGCGAGAGGCCGUUGCUGCCGUGCGCGGCCGUGUGCCCCGUGGCUGGCUCAAGCGGGAGGGCUGCUGCCUUCCCAAAGGGUAAAGUGGACCCCUGCGUUUGUGCACUAUAA